GGCUGGAAAAUUGGAUACACGCUACAAGGUUUUCAGUUAGAAUACACCACGUCGACACACGUUAUCCUUCAAGACCUCAACUAUCGGACACAGUUCACUGACGAGAAGAUACAAGAGUGUGGAAACCAAAAUGAGCGAUUGGGAAGCAAGUGACCACGAAGAGGCGGCGAACGCAGGGAUCUCAGUAGCAGCGGGGGUGUCGGCGAUCAAGAAGAACAAAUGGGCGGACGAGGAUGCGGAUGAGGAUGUGAAAGAUGACUGGGAGGCGUCGGAGUCAGAAGAUGAGAAGUCAAAGAAUGAACCAGCGAAGCCUAAAGGUCCGGUGAGGAACAAAGGGAUCACCAAGAUGAAGAUCGCCGAGAAGGAGGCCGAGGAAGCCUUACGGUUGGCCGAACAGGAGGCUUUGGCCCAGCAGGCUGCCGACCCCGUCUUGAGGAAAAAACUCGAACAGACUAGAACUAUUCAGUCGGAUAUGGAAAACGCUCGUGGCUUGUUUGGUGAUGCGGUGGUCUCGAAUCCGAACAGCUCUGAAGAUCCUAUGAAGAUGGAUCCCAAGACAAAGGCUGAUUUCGAGUCGAUGUCGAGUGCGCUAGCCCAACUGAUUGUUUCCAAGCACGGCAACAAGCCGCUAUAUCCACUUUUUGUAGAACAUUUCUUCAGACAACUCUCCGAGCCUCUAAGUGAUGUCCAGACUCGGAAGACGGCCUCGAUUCUGACGACGAUCGCGAAUGAGAAACAACGAGCAGCCAAGGAUGCCAAGAAGGGCAAAGGCAAACUGAAGCCGACCUUAGGCGGCGGGGUGGUUUCGGGAGCCAGCAAAGGCGGACGCGGUGUCAAUGCCGAUCUGGAAGUCUAUGAUCAAGCACUGGACGAUGAAUUUGACGAUUUUAUGUGAUCAUGCGCGUCUCCCAUGCCUUCUUCUCACCGCCCGAUAUGCUCGCAAACACAAAAAGAGAAACACACCAGUCCGACCCCUUUUCCACCUCACCCUUCUCCGACACGUGUAUAUGUGUGUGUCUAUGGGUUUGAUACAACCAGUCAAUCAACCACGGCUUAUAUAUCCCAUGAAGACCGAAAAAACAGGCAUGAAACAAUCCCAAUUAGAUUCCAUCCUCCGCUCCCCUUUGCAAAUGGAAGUAUUUUGUAACCACUUCCGGCUUGAUUGUCUUUACAAACACACACACACGCAUAUAUAUAUAUAUUUAUAUAUGUAAAGAGAUCCCGCAUUAUAUAUCCUUUUGACCUCCCGGUUGCUUUGCGUCUUGCUACUUCUUAAAAUAUAUAUACAUAUAUAUAUACACUUGUAUUCUCUAGUUUCGUUCUCUCCCGGACGUAGUCAAAACUCGCGUUGACUAUCGAUAGUCACAACAGUGCUCUAUCUCCGAUGGGGCCGUCCUGCUUUCGCCCCUCACCCAUAUCUUGAAAACACACGGCAACCACCCACCUAUUGUGGACGGCUUUGAAAUGCUUACUUGAUUGGGAACAGUU